UCAGGGCGGAGGAGGGAGGGCGGGAAACCGAGCAGCUCUCAGCGUCAGCCCGCAGGCUGUGGACCUCUGUUUCUGCUGGUGGAGUUGGCUGGUUUUCCCGUCCCCACGGAAAUGCACAAUUUUGAGGAUGAGUUAACAUGUCCCAUUUGUUACAGUAUUUUUGAAGAUCCUCGUGUACUACCAUGCUCUCAUACAUUUUGUAGAAAUUGCUUGGAAAAUGUUCUACAGGCAUCUGGUAACUUUUAUAUAUGGAGACCUUUACGCAUUCCACUCAAGUGCCCUAACUGCAGAAGUAUUAUUGAAAUUGCUCCAACUGGUAUUGAAUCUUUACCUGUUAAUUUUGCGUUAAGGGCUAUUAUUGAAAAGUACCAGCAAGAAGACCAUCCAGAUAUUGUCACCUGCCCUGAACAUUACAGGCAGCCGUUAAAUGUUUACUGUCUCCUGGAUAAAAAAUUAGUUUGUGGUCAUUGCCUUACCAUAGGUCAACAUCAUGGUCAUCCUAUAGAUGACCUUCAAAGUGCCUAUAUGAAAGAAAAGGACACGCCUGAAAAACUGCUUGAACAGUUAACUGACACACACUGGACAGAUCUUACUCGUCUUAUUGAAAGGCUGGAAGAACAAAAAUCUCAUUCGGAGAAAAUGGUCCAAGGUGAUAAGGAAGUUGUUCUCCAGUAUUUUAAGGAGCUUAGUGAUACAUUAGAACAGAAAAAAAAUUUUUUCCUAACUGCUCUUUGUGAUGUUGGCAAUCUGAUUAAUCUAGAAUAUACUCCACAAAUUGAAAGAAUGAAAGAAAUAAGAGAGCAGCAGCUUGAAUUAGUGACACUGACAACAUCUUUACAAGAAGAGCCUCCACUUAAAUUUCUUGAAAAAGUUGAUGAUGUCCGCCAACGUGUGCAGGUCUUGAAACAAAGACCACUCCCUGAGGUCCAACCUGUUGAAAUUCAUCCUCGAGUAAGCCAAGUACUGAAAGAAGAAUGGAGCAGAACAGAAAUUGGACAAAUAAAGAAACUUCUCAUUCCUGAAAUGAAAAUUUCUUCAGAAAGGAUGCCAUGUUCCUGGCCUGAUAAGGAGGAAAAAGAAGUUGAAUUUUUUAAGAUUCUGAACAUUGUUAUAGUUACACUAAUUUCAGUGAUGUUGACGCUGAUCCUCUUUUUUAACCAACACAUAAUGACCUUUUUAAAUGAAAUCACUUCAAUAUGUUUUUCUGAAGCCUCUCUAUCUGUUUACCAAAGUUUAUAUAAGAAUGUGCAUGAUUUAAAGAAUAUACUAUGUCACACUUUAUAUUUACUGAAGGAAUUCAUGUGGAAAAUAAUUUGUUGAAAAUUCAAAUCUGAAUUGUUUAAGUAGGCUUAUUCUGUACAGCAGACUAAUGACCAUUGCUAAAUGGAGCAAUAGGGGUAGCAUGGGUAAAUAAAAUAGCAAGCUAAAGUUUUAUUAGAGUUGCAACAAAUAUAAAUAAUCCCUUUCAUGCUUCUGUUGAAUAGAAAAUAUGUCAUCAAAAGUUAGAAAUGAGACGGAAUGUCUCUCGUUUUCUGAAAACCAGAACAAAAUCUAAUAAUUACUUGAUUUUGAGUAUUAUCCCAUUUUUAUUGGUUUGAGAGGUUGACUUAAUAUCACUGUGAUAUUUAAAUAUUCUUGUACCAAUAUUAUCUCUUAGCAUUAAUAUACUGCAGUGGUUGGCUCUGCAGUUCUUUGUGUAUACGUAGCUUUUAAUUAAAAGAUGGCAAAAUCCCGAAAGGUAAUAAGCUUGACACUUUUGAAUGGACAAAUAAGGAUGGUGAGAAGAGGUUUUAAAUUCAAGUAGCAAAGUCUCAUAGUGAGAGUGGAUUGCUUACAUUAAAGAUGUGUUUGAUCAAAUGUACCUGAUCCACACACAUUAAUGUGUUUUAGGUAGAUUUAAGAGCUCUAAAAUGUUUAUAUCAGCAUUCAUUCCUAAUAAAACUAUUGCUUUGGGAAAUCUAAAGUGCCAUUAGGGACCAAACAGUAAUAUUCCCUAGUACUUAUUCUAUGGUUUGUGUAAAUUUAUUUUAGGAUUGUAUUUAACUUUUGUGUAGUCUUAGUCAUGUCAGUCAAAUCAGUUCU